GUUGUCUUGAGGGAGAUGAGCAGCAGAACAAUCCACCGCAUUCCAGGCAUUUCAACAGAUACUUGCACACAGCAUAUCACGUACCAUGUCUCAGUCUCACGGCCAGAAAGUAACGACGGACCCGCGGUCCCAGAUCCCCAUCCACGAAGGCGUGGGCAUGGUGACCAGCGACUCGCUCGCAGCCGAGUCGCUCAAGGGCAGCGGCUCCUUUGGUGAAGGCAACCCCAAAGCCGCAGCGUCGGCGCAGCCCUCAGCAGGCAGCACAGCCGCCAACACGGACACGAGUGGGGCACGCACACUCGACGCCGCCGUCGACGCCGAAGCGCGUGACGCAGCGUCCAACUGGUCAGAGCAGGCGCAGCUCAGCGCGGGCAGCGGGCUCGGACUCGGCAAAGAGCACGGCGUGGGGCCCACGUACAACAAGGUCGGCGGCGCGACAGGGUGGGGAACCUCGACGCAGCCGCCGUCGUCGCACGUCGAGGAGGUACUAGGCGGGUUCGCGGGCGCCGGCGAUAGCGUGAGGGAUCACGAGGGCGCGUUCAAGAUGCCUGGCAAGAACGUCACUGAGGACCCCAACUUGACGGGCAAGAGGGAGUUUGGGCCAAUUGGUACUAAGAAGGACCCCGCAAGGGUGGCCGAGCUGGAGCAGACGAAGCACAAUGCGGCGGUUGGGGGUGGUGGGCUUGGGGAUGGAAAGCAUGAAGGGGGCAGCAAGUUCAGUGGGCUGAGCGACGAGGCUGCUUAGAUGGGUGUUGAGGACGGGGAUUAUGAAUGAGCAAAUGCAGAGAACUACUACGAAUUGUCUCCAUUAUGACCCUGUCGAGGUUCUAGUGUAGCAGGAGACAACGUAGUGACUGAACCCUGGGGCACUG